AUGCUUUACAUACUCCAAGCUAUCGCGACUCUCAUCGCUGUCUUCGCGGUGUCAAUUAUGUCGCAGUUUCCGCCCCCUGAGGACCCCUCUGUCGCCACCCAGUUCAUUCAAGACCUGGAUGCUCUGAUUUCCAAGACGGCAACACAGCAAGCCUCAGCCGAUGCAAUCACAUUUCUCGAUGGCCCUGCGCUGUUCACGGACAGAGGACAUCUUUACGAUACCUUAGAAGCCUUCGAAAGCCUAGUCGCCAGCAUGGACAUUUACACUUCCCAGAUCCGCGAUGCACCACCUCUGCCCACCGGCACAAACUCAGACACCGUAACCACUAGAUAUCGCAUUUAUAUGAGCAACCAGGGCCGAGUCAUGGCCACGCUGAACAGACACGCCGGACUAUUCAGAGCUAUCCGACUCGGCGGACGGGUGGUUUCGGGACUGGAGAGCUUCAGACGGAGUGUCAUCAACUUCGAGAGUGCCGUGCUUGUGUUCAAUCCGACGCGGGCGGAGGAGACGCAUGCGUUUACUUUGGAUAUGAUUGAUAGGUUGAAUGGUGCUGUGCUGGCUUAUGGGGGUGCGGUUGGGCGGGUUAGACGUCGUGCGUUGGCUGGUUAG